CAUACAAUCUAUGUAUAAAUGUUUGAGAGGGUAGUUGAAAUUCUUGUGGUGUGAUUUCCGAUGCUUCGUCGGUGUGCGAUGACGCGGAGAAGGCAAAUGAAUAUGUGCGUCAGCUGGUGCGUGGCGGCGUCGCUCGUCAUCAACUGCGGGGAUCAAGUGUUGUUGGCUGUGUGUGUGUGUGCGUUUGUCACGCGAAUAUUAUGUAAAUCAGCUGGUUUAAGUGCUGCUCUUGCGUUCCAUAUAAUACUGCCUUAUGAAAUGCUGACUUAUGACUUGAAAUUACAGAUAAAAUAAAUUCAUAGUAAAAAUGGUCGCCACAUUUACCCUAAAGUUCCUAAAGUCACAAUGGCGCAGUUUUGCCAAUGCCCACCCUUUGGCUAGGGGUGUCAUUUCGUAUGCAGUAAUAUGGCCCACAAGCAGUCUCAUACAACAAACAAUUGAGGGUAGAGAUCUCAAAACUUACGAUUGGAUGCGUUGUCUGCGGUAUGGUGUGUUCGGCGCGCUAUAUGUGGCGCCUACACUAUAUGGUUGGGUGCGUCUAAGCUCUGUCAUGUGGCCGCAAAUGAAUUUACGAGUUGGUAUUACAAAAGCUGCCGUCGAACAGAUCUCAUAUGGCCCCUUCGCUGGUACCAGCUUCUUCUUUCUUAUGAGCUUAAUGGAAGGACGUAGCGUUGAAGAGGCUGUGCAAGAGGUCAAAGAUAAAUUCCCAAAAGCAUUCGAGGUUGGCAUUUGCAUCUGGCCUGUCAUUCAGACAAUAAAUUUCUCCAUGGUACCUGAGCAACAUCGUGUCGUUUUCGUUAGUAUCUGCAGUUUGGCUUGGACCACAUUUCUAGCUUAUAUGCAUACAAAACAUGUAGAUGAAGAAGAAAAGGAGACACCCAGCAACGAAACGAGGCUUUCACAGCAAGCACCGUUGACACAAACAAUGGCAACAACAACUAAUGAGAGCUUAGUUGUCAAAGUCAAACGUGCACUUGCCCUUUAA